UCUUCGUUCUUUGAAAAUUCGAAAUGCUUGACUCAAUAUUUGGUUAAAAUAUUAGUGCUCGAUACCUUCGUUCUAUUUCUAAACACAAUGGUUUUAUGACAUUUCCACUGCGUUUAUUAAACGAACAGAACCUUUCUUAGAUAAGCAUUGCUUUCCAUGUUUUUUGCGAGGAAGAAAUGGAGUGGAUCGCUCCAAUUGAAAUUAUCUCUAAAUCAAAAACAAAAUAAUUAAAACAAAUUUUACUUAUAUUUUAUAUAAAAAAUAAUUCACAUAAAAAAGUAUCAAACGUGCUAUCAUUAAGUGCCCUACAGGAGAAACAACAGAAAGGAGUGUUGAUCGUUCGCUCAGGGCUUUUGUUUAAUGGCAUUUCGGAAAUUUGUAAAAUCUGUACUUCUGGGAAUUCCAAUUGGUAUAACAUUUCUGGAUUGCGUUGGCUAUGUAGCGCGAGUAGACGGUAUUUCAAUGCAACCUGCCCUUAAUCCAGAUGCUAGCCAAACCGAUUAUGUUUUUCUUUCACGCUGGGCCGUACGCACAAAUAAUGUGGAACGCGGAGCUAUUGUUUCGCUCAUAUCUCCGAAAGAUCCUUCACAAAAGAUAAUUAAACGCAUCGUUGGACUGCAAGGAGAUGUUGUUUCUACGAUUGGGUACAAACAAGAAAUAGUGCGCAUCCCGGAAGGUCAUUGCUGGGUUGAAGGUGACCACACAGGCCAUUCGCUAGAUAGUAAUACUUUUGGGCCCGUGGCGCUGGGCUUAAUGACCGCUCGGGCGACGUAUAUCGUGUGGCCUCCAGAACGUUGGCGCCGACUACAAACAGACCUACCUCGGCGGCGAAGGCCUAUCCAAAUAGCGAAAUCAUCAAAUUACUACAGCCAGUAGGAACAUUAGAAAAGCUACAGUUUGAAUGUUGUAAAUUUGAAAAGCUUCCUGCAAACCAUUUUUUUUUUUAAAUUUUUUCAGAGUAUUCUGAAUUGUAGAGAAAUUUUAAAGAAUUGGCAAAGAUCUCAUCCGAUUUUUGUAAACUGAAAGAAAAUCGGUAAGGCAGUGCAAAUAAUGUUGCAGUGAAGAAUUUCUUGCAGAUUUUUUUCAGAAUUUCUUUAUUUUUCGUGCAGAAAUUCUUUACGAACCAACCACUUCAUAUAAUUUUCUUUAAAGGUUGGUAGGAAAAUCGCUACAGAAAUGAGAUACUCCUAAAAAUUUCGUUAAGAUUUCGGGAACUUUGGUUUGCAGUGCUUUUGAGGCGUGGGAUUUUAUGUAUGUAUGUACAUCAUUUUAAAUUUUCAAGAUACUGAUUGAUUCAUUUUGUAAACAUUGAAUAUCGGAAAUUUUAGAAAUAUUAAAAUCUGAUAUUUUUUUAA